AUGGCACCUAAUGAAGUAGUUGCUCAAGUUGACGAUAAACGGACCGUAGUAGUUUGCGGUCUUGGUAUGGUCGGCUUAUCAUUUGUUGAAAAAUUAUUAAAGUAUGACAAAAAUAACCAAUUUAGGGUAGAAAUAUUUUGUGAAGAACCUCAAGUUGCUUACAACAGAGUCGGGUUGACUCAAUAUUUUGCUCAUCGAGAGGAAGAACGAAUGUUGAUGCAGCCUGUAAGCUGGUAUUCAGAAAAUAAUGUGAUCGUUCACACAAACGAAAAGGCGACCAAAAUCGACACAACCACGAAAUGUGUAAUCUCUGCGAGUGGAAUAUCUGUGCCUUACGAUACAUGUAUAUUGUCCACGGGAUCCUAUGCAUUUGUACCGCCGAUCCCUGGUUGGGAUAAACCGGGUGUAUUUGUAUAUCGUACCAUUAAAGAUUUGACCGAUAUCAUAAGUUAUAGUAAAAAUUCCAAACGUGGUGCCGUAAUCGGUGGUGGUUUACUUGGUCUUGAAGCCGCCAAAGCUCUAAUGGAUUUGGGUUUGGAAGUCACAAUCAUUGAGAUGGCUCCAGUAUUGAUGGCGAGACAAUUGGAUACCGUAGGAGGACAAAUGCUUCAAAAAGAAAUCGAAAAGCUUGGAAUCAAAUGUAUUCUCGGUGUACCACCAAAGGAAAUUACCACGGACGAAGAAGGAAAGGUUUCGGGAAUUCGAUUUGAGAAUGAAACAAUUCCAUUGGACAUGGUGAUCGUUGCUGCGGGUAUUCGUCCACGUGACGAGCUCGCCAAGGCGUCGGGGAUUUCAACUCACCAACGCGGUGGGGUAUUUGUUGAUGAAUGCUUACGAACGAGUGAUCCUAACGUUUACGCAAUAGGUGAAGUGGCGUUGUAUGGCGGUAUGAUUUAUGGACUUGUCGUGCCCGGUUAUGAUAUGGCUGAUGUUGUUGCAAAUAACUUGGCCACAAAUGCCGAUAAAAAGUUCUUGGGAGGUGAUUUGUCAAGUAAACUUAAACUUUUGGGAGUUCAUGUCGCUAGUUUUGGUGAUUAUUUUGCCAAAGAAGAUGUGGCAAUGCCUCUUGUGUAUAACGACCCCUUUGGUUCGGUGUACAAAAAACUUUUAUUCUCAAAGGAUGGAAAGUACUUGAUUGGUGGUAUCAUGGUCGGUGACACUGACGAUUACGCCAAACUUCACGCCCUCAUGAAAUCAAAGAAAGUCUUAACUGCCCCUCCUGGUGAACUUAUCCUUGGUGUUCAAUCUGGACUAGCUCCAGGUGCAGAUGACCUUCCUGAUGAGGCUCAAAUUUGUUCGUGUAAUAAUGUAUCAAAAGGUCAAAUUCGAGAAGCAAUUCAGAACGAUGAAUGUCGUUCCGUUGGUCAAAUUAAAUCAUGUACUAAGGCUGGUACGGGUUGCGGUGGAUGUCUUCCGGCCGUUACAGAAAUAUUUGAAGUCGAAAUGAAGGCAUUAGGUCAUGUGGUGACGAAUGCGCUUUGUCCUCAUUUCAGCCUAACUCGUGCGGAACUAUUCCAAGUCGUCAAGAUAAAGAAGUUGACCACUUUUAAAGACGUCAUCGAAAAGGUUGGCAAAAAAGGAACUCAUGGAUGCGAAAUUUGUAAACCAGCCGUCGCGUCAAUUUUGGCCAGUUUAUGGAACGAUCAUAUUCUUAACCAUGCCAAUUUACAAGACACCAAUGAUCGUUACCUUGCUAACAUCCAACGUGGUGGAUUAUAUUCUAUUGUCCCUAGAGUACCUGGAGGUGAAAUUAUGCCAGAAAAACUUGUUGUGCUUGGUCAAGUUGCCAAAAAAUAUGGGUUAUACACCAAGAUUACAGGUGGUCAAAGAAUUGACCUUUUCGGUGCUAAAAAACAAGAUUUACCUGCUAUUUGGGAAGAGCUUGUUAACGCCGGUUUUGAAUCCGGUCAUGCUUAUGGAAAAGCCCUGAGAACCGUAAAAUCAUGGUAA